AUUAACCAAAGAGAGUCGUGCGAUACUUAACAAUAGACACUUGGCAAUGAAAAUUGUAAACAAAGUGGUGAUAUUCUGACUAUACAGAUGAUUGCUAAAUUCCUUGCUGCCUUAAGCACAGGAGAUAAAAUGUGUGCAGAUGAACCAGAUGGUUUUAAUUAUAGUACAUUUUGCUGAAGAUAAAACAGUACUGUAGUGGCUACAUUGUUUUACGAAUAAACCUCAUGAAGAUUGUCGUGCAUAACUGUACUGUUUCAAGCAAUAUUUAGAAGUGUUGAUCUUUCGAUUACUGCAUUAAUUGCCAUCAGUAACCAUGGAGCAGCAGCUGGUUUGUGCCCUGAAGUUGCCACUCAAGGAAAUGGCAAUCCGAAGAGUUGUUGUUAAUGUCUGGAAUGCAUCUGAUGUGUUAGCUGCGAUUGAGAAAUUCCGAUUCAAGUCACCUACUGGCUACAUUUGUGAAGAUGUUUGGCGAGAAAUCGUUGAUAAAGUGAAGGAAAAAAUCUCGAAACUCAUGUGUCCCGAAUCACUAAAGAAGCAAAUGAUGCAUCUUGUUAAACCCAUUGGCUCAGACAUUAUAAGAUGGAAAUUAUUUCACGAAUAUAUUUUGGAGGAUUCCCGCGAGUAUCUCGAUAUUCAUAUUUUAGAACAAUUGCGCUGGUCAUGUACAGGAGCAAUUGAUUAUCAGAAAACGGCUGAACAACUCGUUCGUCACCAAGCGUUAAACAAUGUGAAAUGUUACAAAUUGGCUUCCUUAUAUUGUUUGACUGAAUUCAUUCCAGGACUGUUUGAGAAAGUCCCUGAAAGUUAUAAGAGGAGUUUGUAUGAAGAAGAAGAUCCUUUUCAAGUCAAAGUGACUCUCAUGGAGAAUUACUGGGCUUGCACCCUGACUGGAGACGAAUCUAAAAUGGAAUUUUUAUUUUCCAGGCCAUUUCUUUUUAUGGCCUCCCUUCAACAGCUUGGCUUUGAAUACGCAGCACGUAUAGGCAGUAAAGCAGCAACUGAAUACUUUUAUCAUCAGCUGACCGACGAAGAGCGAGACUCUACUAUAUAUCGGACUUGCGGUGCUGUCAUAUCAGAAAGCAGCAAUUUAUAUGUGAUGCCAUACAAUUUUAAAAAGGAGAAACUUUCUGAUGUCUUUUGGUAUUUGCUGUCGCUGAUGAAUGCCGAGCAGCAGAUGCAAAUUCUAAAGGAGCACACUUGCGAUGUUUUAACAUCCUUUUUGGAUUGGCCGUGGCAAGACCUUUUACUGAACAGCGCACAUGUUAUCUGGACUUUCCUUCCGGAAAGAAGUUACAAAUACCUCUUGUACAACAUCAUUGAAAACAUCAGAAAUUUGGGCUACUAUUUUCCAAACUUAUUCCAGAAGUUUUUCAUCAGCAGUCCCAGCGAUUUCAGGAAACGUUUUUUGGAUCGCGAAUGUCGGUUCUGCUCAUUUUUCUCUGAAUUUUUCGAAGCCGAAGAUUCGGAAACCAUUGAGGUAAUCUUCAGAAAUGUUGAUUCUGCCGACAGAACGAGACUCAUCUCUUGCCAUCGUUUCUUUAAACUUCUAGAUGAUGUGAUGGUGAGAGACAAAUGGCAUUUGGUUGAAAUGUGUCUCCGAGAAGCCACACCAACCAAGGAGGAUAGGAUAAAACUGAAGAGUACUUAUAUGCGAUUCCUCACAUGGACAGAUGCGGAUCAAUUGGAGUCCAGAGAGCGCCGUUGGAAACAGUUCUUUGAAUUGCUUGGUGACACCGAUACGAGUGCUGAUAGCAAAACGAGUUCAGAAGAUGAGGCACUGACUAAAAAUAGCCCGAAAGGUGAGACCCCGACCAAAAAAACAUCAUUAGUGAAGGAGAAGAGAACCUAAAAAGAAAACUGACUGUUGUUUCUUAUUUUAUAGAGAGUAAGCCGAAUCAUCCAAAUGUUUUAUUGUAUAUUACUUAGUGGAAUUUGGUUGAUUCGAAGCUGACGACACAAAUUCGAAUUGCCGAAACUUUCGAAUUAAGUACAAAUGGAUGUCAAAUGAGCACAAAAAAAAAAAUGACUAAAUAUUUAAAUUGAAAAUAACUAUGACCAAAAAAAAACUAUCUGAGUAGUGAAAAGGAAGAGAAUAUUCUGCUGGGAACCGAAAAAGAAAACUGAGUUGUUUCUUAUUUUAUAGAGAGUAAGCCGAAUCAUUCAAAUGUUUUAUUGUAUAUUAUUUAAUGGAACUUGGUUGAUUCGAAGCUGACGACAAAAAUUCAAAUUGCCGAAACUUUCGAAUUAAGUACAAAUGGAUAUCAAAUAAGCACAACAAAUAAAUGACUAAAUUUUUAAAACUGAAAAUGGCAUUGAGGAUUUUCUAAGUAAAUAAAUGUGAGAUGCAUUAAUUUGUUAACACGCUAAAGAAAUCGAAAUUACUCUGUAAGAUUUUCAUCAGAUUUUCUUCAUAAAUGCCAUGAAACUCAAGUAAGGAUUUUCUAAAAGUUUCACAACAAUUAAUUAAAAAAUCCACUUUUUUGCUAAUUGAAAACUAGGAACAUUUUACUGGCAAAGAACUCUAGAUGGCGCUCUAUCGGAAUUCUAGACUUUGCUUGUGAUCUGUUCUAGACUGCAUCUGUUCAAAGCUGUGCUUGUGAUUGAUGUAGAACUCUUAGGAAAACUGUUACGAUUGACGACAAUGCUUAGUCACGAAAUGAGGAUGAUAUUUAGUCGUAGAAACUAUGAUGAGAUUAUUGUAAAGGGCAUUAAGUCACCCUAUAAAUCAAUUUUGGUCACCCCUAUAUGUUCUAUUAAAAUUUUUAGAGUGUUAAAGCUUUCUUUUCUUCGUUUUCAUCAUUAUAGAAUAGUUGAGCUAGGGGCUAUUUGUGACAUGCACUUUGUAGAGUGAUUUUUAAGAUUUUUGAUCAGGAAUUUUAUCAACUCUUUGUUUUAUGAUUGAACCAAUUAAAUGCGUAUAGAUUCCUGUCGAAUCAGGUAGCGAGAAAUUGUAUAAAAGUGCUUCAUUUUAGUUCGUUAAUGGAAACAAAGGUACUUUUUAAAUUUUGUUUUGAGAUAAAUUAAUUGAUCUCAUAAUAAAUUUAUUUGUCUAUUUUAUUUAUUUUUUUGCAUUUACUAGAUUAUAAAAUGCUGCUAAAUUUUUUUCUUACUAAGUGCAAUAUUUAUAAAUCAAUAUAACUGUCCGAAACCAUAUGAUAGGACAGAUUGCAACACAUGUUUUUCGUCGUGUUACAAUUUCUAGAGUUAUAUAAACUACUGCUGUAAUUGAUGUCAUGCCAACUACUUUAUUCUUAUUGAAGUAGUUCUUUAUUAAUGGAAAAAGGAACUUCGUAAAUUUUGAUUUUAAGAUAAAUUAAUUGUUCUCUUCAAAUGCUUUUACUUAUUUAUUUUAUGUAAGUAUUAAUUUAUAAAAUACAAUUUAAAAUUUUUUAACAAGUGCAAUUGUUUAAUUUUUUUAAGUAAUGUUAUGAUGUCAAUAUAUUUUUGUUCAAAUAAUUCCUGAACAAUUGCUGGUCGACACACACACAUUAAAACGCAACAAACUAAAGUACAUAGUAGGUGCAACACACAUUGGGAAAAAGUAAUAGAGGAAUUGAAAACGAUUACAAAACAAAUUAUAAAUCUGAUAACGAUUCUGUUCUAACUAUUUUUUCUUUAGAACGAGAAACUAUAAAGGAAAUCUGAGCGGGCUUCAUGAAGUCGAGAAGUAUAAGAGUUAGCUAUAAUUUUAGUCAUAGAAAAAUAUUAAAUAUUAAAAAUACAACUGAGUUACUUGUCUCUACAUAGAUAUAUUUGUUACUUGUCUGUGCUUAGAUAUAUUUGUUACUUGUCUGUGCUUAGAUAUAUUUGUUACUUGUCUGUGCUUAGACAUAUUUGUUACUUGUCUGUGCUUAGAUAUAUUUGUUACUAGUCUCUGCAUUGAUAUAUUUCUUGCUUGUUUGUACAUAUGUGUUGGAUAUGCCAAACCAAGGUUAGUAUUUACAUCUAUGCAAGAAGAGGAAAAUAUUUUCCUAUUUUCCUGAAAUUCGGAUAUUUUCUUCAGAUUGCUGUGGAAGCAAUAAAUAAAAUAAGAAAGUUGGCUUAUUAGAGUGCUGUAAGUAUUGGCAUUUGGCAGAAUAUGCCUUCUUAUUGGCAUGAGAAUUAAAUGGCUGAUCAAUUCUAAUAAUGAAGAAUGGGUGUAAUACUUAAUUUUCAAAUCUGUGAUAGGUAAAGAUUUGUCAUUUGUUUGCUUUCAAUUCCAGUUUGUUAAAGAUUGACUUUUAAGGUGGGUUUACUCUCGGCCAGUAAAACAACGCAUGUGCAGAAAGGGACUGAUUUUUUUUUAAAAAUUUUUUUUUGCCACAAUUUUUUAAGAUAGAUUUAGGCAUUCCAUCUUGACUAUAAAUUGCCUUUUUGGCGUCCCAAAAUUUAUCUUUUUCACUGAGUAUUGUAUUAAAAUGAUGAAUAUUUACACAAAUAAGCAUGGCAAAAUGAAAAAAUUCUUUUAAAAAGUCAACGAAUAAAGUUGGGAAAUUAUAGAAAAAAUGGCAAAUAAAGUGAAAAAAAAAACACACCAUCGCAUUUGAAAGAACAAAGAGCAAAAAAUGUCAGAAUUAAUCUAUGAUAAGUGAUCAAUUUUUUCACGAAAAAAACACACACACACACACACAGCAAAUUCUACAACCGCACGCGCAAUAAGAAAAAAAAAAAAAAAAAAUACAAUAUAGCGAUACGCUGUUGUCCCGUCGGGACAAGUACUUGCCAAGGACUUAAAAGCAUUUUUCAGCCUUUCUACGCAUGCGCUGUCUACUGGUCGUCUUAUGACUAGCCGAGUGUAAACCCACCUAUAUAUUAAUUGUUUAAAUAAUUUUAUCAUUUGUUUAUUAUUUUGCUAUAAACCGUUUGAUAUCAUUAAAUGUUAGAAUGCCAAAUAAUAAUAUUUAGCAGGUGU